AAUUAACUAUUCAACCAAUUUAUAUAUUGUGAACAUGAGGGCUGCAGGGUGUCUCUCUUUAAGUUAUUAUCAUGCGUAUCAAACAAACGGAUUAGCUGUUCGUGGCUAUUAUGUAUUAUAAUUAUGAGUUGUAAGCAAUACAACCCAACCCCUACCCUUACCCCCACCCUUUCCAAAUCUGCUUUAUUUCAUCUUAUCGUUGGAACACAAUCAUUAGAAACUCUGGAGUUGGAAACCUCCUCUUCACUGCCAACUUGACACUUCCAAAAAGGUUAGAAACCUUAGUUAUUCUUCUUGUUCUUCACCAUUUCUGCAAUAGGUCUAAACUUUAUCUAUAUGAUUGAUGUGCUUUUCUCUCCCAUGGUUUUCUCAAAUUGGGUAUUUCACGUAAAUCUCGAAUAAGCCGUCUUUAUUUACUUCUUUGUGGUGUGUGUGUGUGUAUGUGUGCUAUCUUGUGAAUUUCGCGUUGUUUUCAACCAUAUGCUUCAAGAAAUGGAUCUGUACAAGCUCUCAGCAAAUUGAUUAUCAAAUAUAGAAUUCGAAUUUCGCUCCAGUUUUUUGUCGAUCUAAAGAUUUGAAGAUUGGAGAGGAGAAAGAUGGAUAAGUUUGUUCAGCCAGAUGAUAAAGAAUGUAUGAAGAUGGCCAUGUUAAAGCAUGAAGAAACCUUCAAAGAACAGGUAUAUGAACUUCAUAGAUUGUAUCAAACUCAGAAGAUGCUGAUGAAGAACGUGCAAAGAACAAGACAUAAUCAUCAAGAAAACAUAUCAUUCAAUUAUCAGAAGAACAAGUUUGAUUUGGAACAUCCUGGAACAACAGCUAAAGAGUACAAUCAUGUAUCAGAAACAUUAAAUGAUCCAGAACUUGAGGAAGACGAGUGUGAGAUCGAGUUGACGUUGGCCCCCACAAGUUUUAAUCGGAGGAGGAACAUGACAAAUAAGCCCGAAUCAUCAGAUUCCGUGCCCAGUUUUUCAUCAUCUUCAACAGGGUCGAGUCAUACAAAGAGAAUAGAAAGAAUCUCAAGAGAGAAUUCAGGCUUUAUGAAUAGCAACAGAAGAAACAGUAACAGUUCUUCAGAUAGACCACUCAAACAGUCUCCAUGGAUGUAUCAAGUUCUAAGCUUAAACAUGACUUGAUAUAAAAGAAUGAAUUCAAGAAAAAGUUUGGUAUAUUUCAAGAUUAUUUUUUAGGGUUUUUACUUUCUACUUAUGAACGGAUUGACUCUUUGUGUGAAACUCUAGUUUUCUUUCUCUCUUUUUCAUCUCAUGAGUUGUUUUUAGCUUUUUAGAAGGUACAUCUUCUUUUACUCAUGCUACAAUCACUUGUACUAGUGCAUUAAAUCUUGUAUAUGGACCGAUUUGGCUUUUUGCAAUGAUG